UGUCUUCUUUAUCUGUCAUCAUUAAUCAGUAAUCAAUUGAUUCAUGUUUAUAAGGUGAAUGUUACAUCUCAGAGAAACCCAGUCGUUUACAAGAGUGGCAUAGGAGUACAAAUCAAAUGUAAUAGAAGAACAGUUAAGUUUAAGAAAUGAACUGUCGAGGAAACGAUGAAGAUAGCCCCAACCAUGAGCAAGGCUCUCCACAUAAACAUGUUUGGAAUCCAAACUUGUAUCGCCUCCAGCAGGAAGCGCCACGUCCCAAGCCAGUUUCAUGUAAGCACCAUAUUACAAAUUCUCCAUCAUAUUAUGGUAAAGAAUUUCAUGGUGUAAUAUCGCAUCUUGAUGCAUCAGCCAUUUUAGAGGAAGAUGGUGCUUAUCUGGUUCGGCAGAGUGAAGGGAGCAAUGGGUUUCAUACUUUAACACUCAGGUUUGAUAGGAAGAUUAAACACUACAAACUUUAUUUUGAUGGGCAGCAUUAUGUUAGAGACAAACGUUUUGACUCUUUGUACGAGCUUGUGGCCGAUGGACUUGUUACUCUUUAUAUGGAAGCAAAUGCAGGACCAUAUAUUGAACUGAUGAAUAAUUUCAAUAAUUAUGAGAAGAGUCCCUAUAUGACACUUAACAAACUGAAACGAAGAGCUGUGAUUAUCCAGGCUAGCAGAGGAACUGAUAUCUCUGUGGCAACAGAUUCGUUCCUUCAUAAGGAACAAAAGCACUCAGAAAUCUCAGGGUUUCAAACAAAAGACCCAGCCAUUACAGAAUCUGUUAUUGGUGAAGGAUUUAUCUCUGAGACAGUGGAUUAUGAUAAACCACAUGCCUUCAAAAUACAUACGUUUAAGGGUCUGAAUUGGUGUGAAUUCUGUGGAAAUUUCCUGUGGGGGUUUACUGCCCAAGGAGUCAAAUGUGAAGAUUGCGGUUUUAGUGCACACAGCAAAUGUUCAGAAAAAGUGCCCUGUGACUGCUGUCCCGACUUGAAACAACUGCGUGGGGUAUUUGGAAUUGACCUUACCACACUGGUAAAGGCUCAUCGGACAGCUCGUCCAUUUGUGGUAGAUAAGUGUAUCAGUGAAAUAGAGAGGCGAGGACUGGAUGCAGAGGGGUUGUACAGAGUGUCUGGAUUUGCAGAAGAAAUAGAAACUCUCAAACUCGCACUGGACAAAGAUGGUGAGCAGGCAGAUAUGAGCCCAGAAGUGUAUGAUAACAUUAAUGUGAUCGCUGGCACAUUGAAACUAUACUUAAGAUUGCUUCCUAUUCCACUUGUGACAUUCGAGACUCAUCCAGCUCUCAUUAAAGCUGCUCAGCUGAAAUCCAUUCAGGAACAGAUUGUAGGAAUAAAAGAUGCCCUGACUCUCCUUCCAGCUGCACAUUAUAAUACACUGAAGUAUCUCAUGGAGCAUCUGAACAGGGUAGUCCAGCAUCAGAUCACAAACAAGAUGACUGCCCACAAUCUGAGCACUGUAUUUGCUCCAACUUUGAUGCCUGCACCUGAUCUGAGCAAAUGUGGUGGCCUGCCUGGCAUGACAUAUGAAAUAUCUGCUCUUGAAACAAUGAUUACUCAUCAACAAACCAUCUUCACCUGAAUCUUGUGUCUGUUAUUCUAGGCAAUGACUUGCUCCUGUCUUAAUUUUCUCUACUGUAACGGAGUAUUUAUUGAAUACUUCAUAAGGUCCAAAGUAAAUGUUCUGGCCUCGCCUGUCAGGUACAUGUAAAUGAGCCUGAGGAAAAAAUACUGUAGUCACUGAAGUAUUACCUAAUAGUCUGGUUAAUUUGCACAUCAUGCAGUUAGAGCACAAUGUGAAGUGCAGAUUUAAAUUUUAUUAAACAUCCCAUUAGGUGCAGAACAGACUGAGGAGCUGGGAUAGCUCAGUAAAGUGAUUAGGCUAUGGGCUGGACAACUGAGGAAUCAAGGUUCGAUUCCUCUCAGGGGUAGGGAUUCUUCUCUAUAAUGUCCAGACUGGCUCUGGGUCUCACCCAGCCUCCAACUGAAUGGGUGUCAGGAAUAAGACAGCCAGGCCAUGAAGAUGACCAUCUGCUUUGAUCUUGUGCCAAGAUUAAGAAUGUGUGGAGCUGUAUGUACACACCCCCAUAUGUCUUCAUGGCAUGGUGCUUAGUGAAGCACAGGACAUGAAUACCUUUCUCACUUUCAAAUCACAAAUAGGAAUCGAAGGAUUCUAAAGAAACCUCUAACACAGAACGUGAACAACCAAGAAGAGCCAUGGAGCCACAAAACUUAUUUUUGUAAAGAAAAUAAGCAUUGUUAUUAAAGUGGUAGAUUGACUGAAUGUAUUAUCUUUGUUUAGCUCUGGAAUCUCAUGUUGCAUUUAUACAUGAACAGUUCUGUCUCUGGCCUGUUUGAAGUUCCAUCACUCUCUGAAAUGCUUCCUGCUGUUCUGUCACUUUAUACUAUAAUGUAUAUGAUGUCAUGACAUUCAUUCUGUACAUACCAUAUCACAAUGUGAUAAUGUUAUUAAUACAUAAAGAGUUUGUUCUAAUUCCUUCUUCCAAUAAGA